CCAUCGGACCCCCUGACCACUCGAGAUCUUUUUCUCCAAUCACAGUCAUCUGAAUAAUCCACCCAAUGUCAUUCACGUCUUUUGCGAUUUCGUCUCCACUCUGAUCAGUUCGGUAAGCGCCGAUGCAGCGCAGUCCCUUAGCUCCGACGAAAUGAAUUCUUCGACGUCUGCGGCCGGGCCUGCCAUCUGAUGCAAAAUCCUUGACGUCGUUGAUGGGAUUCUGAAGCUACCGCGACUUUUGCCCUCCACCGCCGCACCCACCCCCUCUAUCCACCACUGCUGCCUCAUUGCCCCGCGGUGAGACCAUGAUAAGGUAGACGGCAUUCGGUAGACUCACCUCCAUUCUCUAAUUAUUUCCAAUAUCGCCGCCAUGUCGCGCACAACGAGUCAAGCGUACAAGCACAUGAGGUCUGCCCUUGCCUUGUGGCCCAAGGACAACCUCCGUCCCGAGACUCAAUUUAGCGAAAUCAUCCAGAGAGGCAUCGAGAGAAGGUAUACCAAGCCCAAUGUCGUCAACGAGGCCAAGGAGCUGAAGCAGGCCAACGCCAUGUUCGCCCUCACUGACGAUCGCUUCAAGAAGAGGUUCCCCCUCAAUGGCGAACUCUUGAAGCCCGAAAGCCAGCCGACAUACUUCCAAGACCUGUUGAGAGAGCUCGAGGAGGCCCCGACACGAGGAUGGCUGCAAAACAUGUCCAAGAAGCUGUCAGGCAUGUUCAGACUUCAAUGAUGAUGGCACAAGGAGCAACACCAAAAAGAACAAAACUACAACCCACACACACACACACACACACACACACACACACACACACACACACGCAC